CGCGCGUGCGUGCGAGGUGCCGACGAGACCAGUAGGGUUUCGGUUGGUUACUUCGCUGCCAGCAGCAGACAAGCCUUCCAAGCUGGGGAACCCUGGCAAGCUACUGUUAACUGUGUGCCACUGGCGUUGGCGAGUUAUCGGAAUUUACGCGCGCCACUGCCUUCCUAAAUUGAGUUUAACGGAAAACGUUGGAGGGAUAUAUCAUAAGGUGGGGUCGUGAAAACUAAAAGCUGUGCCGAUUCUUCAGUGGCUGGAACACUAAGAGAGGGUGCGUGAGCUGGCUAUCUCACCCCGACCCUGACCCACCUCUAUGAGGAGAACAAGACAGAUAGACGACCAAUACUCCACCUGGACCCUACUCCUCCUCCUCCCUCCUCCUCCUCCUCCUCCUCCUCUUCUUCUUCAUCUUCCUCCUCGUCCUCUGUGUCCCGUCACCCUGUGCCCGCCAUGCUCUCUCCCCGCGCCCUGUUAGCCUGCACCCCGGCUGCUGCGAGCGUUCUCCCCCACCCCCACCUCCUCCCCAACCUCCUCCCCAGGGCUCCCUAAGCAAUGUACUCAGACUCGGGGGUGUGUGACACCCCCCCACCCCCCAUCAACGGCCACCCCCCCCACCCCCACGACCCCUCCGGUGCAGCUGGCACCCCCUCUGCCCCCCACACUGCCGCCAGCCGCGUCUCGGUGCCCAAGAUGGGCGUGCGGGCGCGCAUCUCCGACUGGCCGCCGCGCCGCGAGCAGUCCCAGGAGUCGCUGCAGGAGAACGGGCAGUGUAGCGCCGCCGCCGCCACCUACCUCCCGCCGCCCCCCACCUCCACCGAGCGCGAGCGGGCGUCUCGAGGGGCGCUGGCCCGCAUGCCGUGGAGGAGGGGGGUCGCAGGCGCCGGCGCGGGGGCAGGGGGGCGGGAUGCGGAGUUCAGCGAGGCAGGCUUCAGGGGAGGUCUGGUGUCGGCGUCCGCCUUCGCACCGCUACGCCAGCGCUCCAGCAGCGAGGUGACGCUAAGUGAGCAGGAUGAGGCGGAGGCAGAGAGCAUGCGUCUGGUGCGGGAGUAUGGUAGCACCUCCUCCAUCGACGUGCAGGGCAUCCCCGAGCACAGCUUCCUGCACAUGCUCUCCUCCCUCUCCUCCCCCUCCUCCGCAACGCGCGGCACCGCCGCCGGGGGUCCAACGGACGACGUCCCCGACCACCCUUCCUCCUCCGGUGGGCGGGAGGAGCGAGAGAAUCACCAACAUCACCGCGUGAGGAAGAAAUCGGGCGGCACGGAAUCCUCGCUCGGAACGUCGUCGCUGUUCCGUAAACUCCGCAGCUCGAGCCGCGGGGAGAUCUCAACGGACGGUCUCUCGUCGGAGAACAGCGGUGGCACUGCUCCCGCUCCGGCUCCGCCCGCCUCCACGUGGGUGUGCACGCGCACCUUCGCCCACUACGACGCCCAGAGCAUCCUGUUCGACCUGCACGAGGCGGCCGCCCAGCGUGGUUUCAGCACGCAGCAGCGCCGCAACACAGCUACGGGGGCCUCUGCCGCCUCCACCGCUAACCUCUCCUUACCCGCCUCCUCCUCAUCCUCCUCCUCCAACGCAACCAAUCACGACACGGGAGGCUUCGAGUCCCGACGACACGACGGCGGCAACGGUGUCGCCGACGAGGUGUCGGGGAGAGACUCUGCGUCGCCAGCGAACGCCAUCGAUCUGUGUAGCAGCAGCGUCGGUGGUGGUGGUGGUGGUGGAGGUGGCGGAGGUGGAGGCGGAAGCUGCCACAGCCCUCCGUUACUCCUCAGCUGCCCCCACUUCCUGAACGAGACGGGCGGACACACGGAGCGCAACCUCAGCUUCCUGGGCUCCCUGGCGGAGCAGCGGGAAGCCGGUGGAGGAGGAGAGGGUGGACACGGAGGAGGUGGAGGUGACCGGGGAGGAGGAGGAGGUCACGGUGGAGGAGGAGGUGGAGGGGGUGUGGUGGGCACGAGGCCGUGGUUGCGGUGCAGCAAUGCCAGCGUGUCGGUGCUGGAGGUGCCUCUGGAACAGCAGCCCCAGCGGCUGGAGAGGCUCAAGCUGCCCUGCAUAGAGCACGUGGACCAGGGGGCACGCUACUACCACGACCACUUCCUGGCGAAAGAGCACUAUAACUACUUUGGGACGGAUGACAAGCUGGGUCCCGUGGCCAUCAGCAUCCGGCGGGAGAAGAUGGAGGACACCCGGGAGCUCAAGGACCAGUACCAAUACAGACUCAUCGUCCGCACCUGCGAGUUGGUGACGCUGCGCGGUGCGAUCCUGGAGGACGCGGUGCCGUCUACGGCGCGGCAUGGCACGGUGCGGGGCCUGCCCCUCAAGGAGGUGCUGGAGCACGUGGUGCCCGAGCUGAACCCCUCCUGCCUACGCCUCGCACUCAGCACCCCCAAAGUCACGGAGCAGCUACUCAAGCUAGACGAGCAGGGGUUGAGUCGUAAGCACAAGGUGGGCAUCCUGCUGUGUCGUGCGGGCCAGAGCACGGAGGAGGAGAUGUACAAUAACGAGGAGGCCUCUCCUGCCUUCAGUAACUUCCUGACACUAUUGGGGGAACAGGUCACGCUCAAGGGCUUCACCAAGUACGGAGCACAGCUCGACACCAAGACGGACUCGACGGGUACCCACUCGGUGUACACCACCUACCAGGACUACGAGAUCAUGUUCCACGUCUCCACCAUGCUGCCCUACAUGCCCAACAACCCACAGCAGCUCCUGAGGAAGAGGCACAUAGGAAAUGACAUCGUGACCAUCAUCUUCCAGGAGCCCGGCGCGCUGCCCUUCACGCCACAGAACAUCCGCUCCCACUUCCAGCACGUCUUCAUCAUCGUACGCGUACACAACCCCUGCUCUGACCUCACCAGCUACAGUGUGGCAGUGACCCGCAUGAAGGACGUCCCCCCGUUCGGCCCACCCAUCCCGUCGGGAGGCGCCGACCCCUUGGCGGCGUUCCGCGACCCCGAGGCCUUCCGCAGCUUCCUCCUCGCCAAGGUCAUCAACGCCGAGAAUGCGGCGCACAAGUCGGACAAGUUCCACACCAUGGCCACGCGCACGCGGCAGGAGUACCUGCGCGACCUGGCCCAGAACUGCGUCUCCAGCACGCCGCUCGACACCUCGGGCAAGCUCAACAACCUCAUCUCGCUCGCCUCCAAACGCAAGGAGCGCACGCGGCCCCGCGAGGGGGCGGAGCUGGGGGCGGCGGGGGCGCUGAGCUGGCGCGUGCUCGUGCAGGACUUCGGGGCCGGCGGGAGUGCGGCGGGAUUGGGUUUGGGCGAGCUGCCGUGCGCGCUGGGGGUCUCGGAGGAGUUUCUGCUGCUGGCAGACUGCACCACCAAGGACGUGGUGUUCAACUGCUUCUGUGCGGACAUCAUCGGCUGGACGCCGGAGAGGCUGGCGCUGAAGAUCUACUUCGGGCGCGGGGACCACGUGGCGCUGCGGGUGCCCGAGGGCUGUGCCCAGGACAUCAGGGAGGUCGUGCAGAGACUCAAGGCGUUGACGGUGGGCUGUGAGACGGUGGACAUGACGUUGCGUCGUAACGGUCUGGGCCAGCUGGGGUUCCAUGUGCGCGUGGACGGCACGGUUUCGGAGGUGGAGGAGUACGGCUUCGCCUGGCAGGCGGGGCUCCGGCAGGGCAGCCGAUUGGUGGAGAUCUGCAAGGUGGCCGCCGUCACGCUGUCGCACGAGCAGAUGAUCGACCUGCUGCGCACCUCCGUCACAGUCAAGGUGGUCAUCAUCCCGCCCUACGAGGAGGGCGAGGCGCGCAGGGGCUGCACGGAGGAGCACGAGAUGAAGAGCCUGGAGCACCGUGGGGGGGUCGAGUCGGAGCCCCUGGGUACCGGCGGCUACCCCACCAGCCUGCGCAAGCAGCCCUGGCGCUUCGAGCGGCCCCCCGGCAGCAGCCCCCUGCCCCUCAGCUGGACCCCCGUGGUGCCCAUGGCCAUCCCCGGACGCCCACACAAGGGCAUGCUGCCCAUCCCUUACCGGGAGCCACUGCACCUCGCCAAGAGGCCGGUGAGCUACCCUGAGAACCACUACGGUUUGUCCCCGGUGGGCAGUGACAGGAGCCUGACGUUCCGUAACCCCUCGGCCAGCUUCUCCAGCCCUGGCCCCGGCCUCUCCGCCCCCGGCCUCUCCGCCUCUGCUGCGGCCGCCGCUGCUGGACUGGGGCCAGCUCUCAGCAGGCCUUUUGUGCACUACAAAUCCCCAGACAGGUUUGGGACCCAGCGUAACCUGCUUGCCUAUGAGCCCGGUCUGAACCUUGACCUCUCCAGCGGAGACUCAUCCGGCUUCACCAGCCAGGAGAGCACUAUGGAGCGGGUCAAGAAUGAGCCCAUGUGGCAUGUGCCAGCCUAUGCCCGCGGUGUGUCUGUUGGCGGGGGCCAGAGGAAAGCCAGGCGCCAAGACACGCCGGAGAACCAAUCACCCAACAGGCACUCAAAAGGCGAGGUGCAAUACUCCAGCCACUCCAGUAGUAAUACUCUCUCCAGCAACGCCAGCAGUAGCCACAGUGACGAGCGCUGGUUCGAAGGCAGCUCUGGCUCCGGCGGUGGUGGAAUGGGAGGCGGUAACCUUGGCGACCCCGUCAUGGACAUGGACCCCGACCACCUCGCCGCCCACGGCAACAAGAUCAGCCCCGGCGACAGCGGCAUCGACGGCAACAUGCUGCACACCAUACCCGGCGGCAGCGGUAGGCUCAGCCGUGGGCACGCCGGCACCGGUGGCAGUGCCUUCUCCAAGCCCCUGCCCAGCUCGGCCACCUUCAGCAGUGGGUUCCAGGACCUGGCGUCACCCGGCUCCGGGGGUGCUGCCGCUGCCACAGUGGACAUGGGCAGGAGGGACUCGUCACCGGGCAUCGGCUCAUCUGCCAAGAGCUACCGCAAUCGUGCCUACCAGUCACCAGGGGGCAGCACCAGUGACGGAUUCAAACCCAGCAGUCGGGCCUACACCCCUCAGCGCUACAAGGCCCCCACGGCGGUGGACAAGGCCAAGCCCUUCAGGCCCUCCACGGCCCCAGGCAGCUCAGGGGGGUCAGGGGGCGCCCAGUCCUCGUCCCCUAAAGCCCCCUACGGGAAGAGCAAGCAGGGCAGCAGCAGCACCCCCACCAACACCAGCGGCUCAGACAGCAGCACCAGCAGCAGGCAGGUGGACCUGAACAGUAAGAACGUGUUUGGCCAGCCGCGUCUGAGGGCGUCUCUUCGGGACCUGCGCUCCCCCCGCCGCUCACACAAGAGCACCAUCGAGGACGACCUCAAGAAACUCAUCAUCAUGGACACCCCCAACACAGAGCCCGCACCGCCCCGGGAGAAGAAGAGAGAGCGGCGUAGCCUCCAGCGCACCUUCUCAGACGAGAGCCUGUCGAGCAGCCGACGGGACCCCAACUAUCCCAGCACACCCCUCUUCGACUGCCACCCCCAGUCCAGCGACUUGCUCUUCAGCUGCACGCUGCCCAACCGCCGCCACAACCAUGCGCAGCACAGCGCUGCCCCCGGUGGCAGGAAAGUGCCAAUGUCGUCUGCCUCUGAGCUGUCCCUGACGGAGAUGAUGGACAAGGUGCCCCCCCUGCGGCGUCUAGACCCGGGUCUCAUGCCCCUCCCAGACACCGCCUGCGGACUUGAGUGGUCCAGCCUCGUCAGUGCAGCCAAAGCUUAUGAGGUGCAAAGGGCUGUAUCGUUAUUCUCUCUGACGGAGCCCCUCCCUGACAACCAGCCAGCGGUCAGCCCUGUGCACUUCCAGACCCCCCAGACGCCUCGCACCACCCCCACCUUCAGCAGUGAUGAGGUCCAAACUGACCUAUCGGGACGCUUAUACCAACUGGAGGUGAUGCUGAAGCAACUCAACACCGACCUUGAAAAGGAGAAGAAGGACAAAGUGGUGCUACUGGCAGAGAUGGCCAACCUGCGGCAGAACAACCAGCGGCUACAGGCGGAGUCCCAGACCACCUCGGAGCAGCUGCGCAAGUUCAGCCAGAUGUUCACAGACCCCGCCCCUGACAGGAAGUGAUGUCAGAGGACAGGAGGAACAGGAAGUGAAAGAGAACUGAAUUCUGGAGAGGCAGGGAAAAAUAAGGCAUGGAUGGAGAGGUCUGAGACAUGAUGGUCUGGGUUUUAAGCAAACAAACAAAAAGACAAAGGAAAAAAGGUGGAUUCAGGUGGGCUCAAACAAAAAAAAAAAAUGUUAAAGUGGAUUAAGUUUAAGUGCACACAUCUGCUCUCUCUCAUUGAGUCUGCUUGUAGAUGAUGGUGAGGUGCAUAGCCUACCCCUUCUCUCUGCAGCUGCAGAGCCCAGCCCAGCCCAGCCAGCACUGGGCAUCAGCCUCAGACACAGACAACACCAACACCCCUGUUACGGGCUGUCAAUCUCCAUUGUUAAGACAUCUGCUGUCCCAUGUUAAGAGUCAGUCAAAGGAGAAAUGUGGUGUUAAAUGAGAGUGGUUGGAUUGCAGUAUCGAGUUGACAAAGCUAGCUAAUGUCAGGCCCCAAUUACUAGCAUGGCGAGUCACUUUGAUAAAAUAAAGUCAAAGUCGUCUUGCUUAGUUUUCCUUCCCAGCAAACCAUACCAAAAUACCAAAAAUGUGCUUUUCACUGCAUUUCUCCUUUAAAGUCUUGUUGGCAUUAGCCCCAGUCCCCCACUAUACUAGCUGGUGGUGCGUGCUCCAACUCUCAGAUUAAUACAUUCCUCCAUGAGUAGUUUAACCACCGUGCUUUUCCCGACGGAACGGGGAGUCAGUCUGCACUUGUUACCCUUAACUCUUUUACUUGCCUUCGGACGACUCUAAAGAGGGUCUAUCUCUCUCUUUUUCUCUCAUUUCAUUACUUUUUUAUCGACUUUUCUUAUGUACUGUUUGAACUGUGUUACUCUCGCCGAGAGAAGCCUAAAAUACUGUACCUGAAACCAUUCAGCCAAAAAAAAAAUCCUGAAAACUGAAACUGAAUAACAAAAAAGGAACAAGGAAAGAGGAGAAGAAGAAGAAAAAACAUGCAAAUGGAAAACGAACGAGUCAUGUGUGGUGGUGGUGAUGACGAUACCAGGGUCCCCUUGACUCGCACAAAAAUACGGUACUGUAGAAUUCAUAUGUGCUGUAGUAAUGCUCUGAGUCUUCACAGACAGGACUUGCCUAUGCCUCAAAUCGCAUUAUUGUACUGCAGUGGCGUGCACUCGGGUGGGAAUGGGGAUCGGGGGACGGGGGACGACGGGGGUCGAAGUCUGCAUUUACACGAACCCCCCUCUAGUCCCAUCUCACAGAACUUAGUGUCUUUAUUUUGUGGCCAAAACUCUUCCAAAACUAUGCAAAAAAAAACCUAUGUUAUCACAUGUGGGCAGGUACCACAUGGGAGUGACAUGGGCAUCCAUCCUACAAGGUUAACAAGGGGGGAGAAUCAUACCUAUUUAGCCCACAAAAUGUUGAAGUCACACAAGACGGAACAAAAAAACUACCAGAGGUGUCCCUCGCCUCAUCUGUUCAGUGUGUGAACACUCUCUCAAAUUAUAUGCAAAACACAAUCAUGGCAGUAUGUGAAAUGGGCAAUGAUCAUUAAAAUCUAAUAGUUAUCUCUUACAGUUCAAUAACCAUGCAAUUUAGUCAUGGUUUCAUCUACAACCACCUUGGUCAGUGAACAAUUUCUACAACACCAGCGAAUCAGAUCAAACCUACAUAAAUAUUAGGACAUGUCCAUGCUUCUUGUUGCGUGAACCAGGAUUAGGCCUUCUGGGAAAGUUUAUGGAUGUACAAAAAGGAAAAAAGCAUAUUAUGGGUUUAAACAAAAGGUGAGUGGGCCUGAACAACCCUCAUGUAUAGGAAACUUCCAUCACAGGCCAUCUUAACAUAGAUUGACACUCGCCAGCGGAAUUACAUCCAUCUGGCAAGAGCCAGGUUCAUCUUAGAAACAUUUUUUUUACAUUCUGCUAUUGUGCCAAUGUUUGAUGGGACUACACAGUUACUCCCUACCCCAGAACUCAGUACAGUGGCCUUUUUCACACGGUGGGACCCCCCCCCCCUGCCACCCUUCACUUGUCUUGAGUGUGUGCACGCCCCUGGCACAGCGUGUAGGGUAUUUUUACAGACGCUGCUACCGUAACUGGAGCUCUCUGUGACUACUACCCUACCAUGUUGCACAAGUCCACUUUUUAUCCUGGAAAGUUCUUACUUUUUAACGUGAAUUGGGGUUUUGUAAUGUACAUUUUUUAAUAUGAGGUGGGUGGGUGAGGUUGGGGGGGCGGGGUCUGUUAUUAGGAUCUGUUCUGUAACACUAGCCAAAACGUCGUCUCAGCUCUGCUGAUUUUUACAAACACCCACAUGGUUCAGAUGGUCUCUUGUGUUAUAUUGACAUAAUGAAAUCAACAACCACUUAACUUUUUAUAGCCUUUUUGCUUGGGCAAUUGUGUUGUUGAAGAGAAAAAAAAAUAUCUUUUGAUUCUGCACCCAAUAGCUAUAAGCUAACUGGACUUGGUAGCGACUGGAAGCUGCACUAUGUGUAGUGUAGAGUCUAUGAUGAAAGGCUUGUAUUGGUAGUGCCCAUCUCUUCUCUGGCAGCAUGCAGCAUGCUGCGCUGGAUGUGCCAGUCGGUCCUGGCGGGUUCUAGCCAAUACCUACUCUUCUGACCUCUGAGUGUUGCAGGGAAUGGAUGGGGCUACCAAAGUAUCUUUGUUUUUUGUUUUUCUGGGUUUUUUUUUAUUUUUAAAGUGACUUAGCAUUAAUACGUGACACGAAUUUUACCUUGUGCCCACUGAAGAGGGUAUUUUUAAAGACACAAAACACACUACCCAUCACCAGACAGACACUGUUCCCUCUCUCUUACUUACACGUGCAGAGGCGACACGUCGCGCACACUUUGUAUCAGUUGUACAGAAAUUCUUUACUUUGGCAGCAACUGGACCACUUUUUAUAUCUAUAUAUACUGUGAUUUCGUCAAGGAUCCUUGCAACAAAACCAAUGCCUACUCUAACCCUCCGUUGUACAUGUUUGCCUGUGCGUGCGUGCAUGCACGCUCUGUGUGUGUGUGUGUGUGUGUAUACUGGUAAAUCAUGGUUCUCACACUGUUCUUAUCUCCCAACCUGAUCACUGCUGCUACUUAUAACCAUAUGUACUUCUUCAUAGAACUCGGUAGACAAUAAAAGAGACAAAACAAGAGAAAAAAAAGUGUUCACAAUAUAGAUCAACUGUAAUAUACUCAGUUAUUUUGUGUGACUACAUGUUUUUAGGGGCUACAGUGUCUGUGAUCUUUUACAUGAGGUAUUCUAGUUGAAGUGACUGGUUGCAAACCAAUAGCUAUUCUCAGAAUAUGGGUUCAGUGCAUGUGCUGCCAUACCUCCACCGAACAGCGUGUGGCAGCACUAUGCUCGGCUCACACUCUGAGAGGUUUCUUUUAACUGGACCUAACCCUGCAGGUACUCAAGCUGUUGUCGUUGAGCCCAUAGCGUUACACUUAAACUCCUAAAUCAAGUCAAAGCUCACCUCCUCCCCCCCUUCAGGACCCUGUCUGAUAUUUAUAUCUAUUUAUUGAUUAUUUGUACAUGGACACGUUUGUGCAGUUACUUUGCCUUGUUGCCUGUGAUGACAAAAAAACUGAUGACCUUUCUUUUUUGGGAUUCCACUUUUACUGAAGAUGCUGUUUUGUUUCGCUUUCUGAUCAUUUCAGACUAGGCUGUUACAAGCAGUGUUUAGUAAACAGCCUUUCUAUGGGCUCAUGUAUCAUUUUAUUAAUUUAUCUCUAUCACUCCUGGCAAAUAGACUUGCUAUGCUGACUGUCUUCACAGGCAGAAUGGAUUUGUUUUUGUUUCUGUUCUUUUGUUUUUUGUUUUGUUUUUUUAAUACGCCCCAAGUUAACUUACUUUUUUCUUGUCAUUUAAAAACAAAAAACACAGACACCUUCUCAAUAGGAUGCCUCUUCCAAUUACCGCUUUUGUUUUGUUAUUUUUAUAUAAUUUAUUACCCAUUAGACACACGUUAUAGGGUACUUAAUUGUGCUUUUUGUAUAAAUAUUUUGGGUUGUAAUUCCAGUUUAUUUUGCUGUAUGAAAUUCCAGUGUGUUGUGCUGAUGACUCCAUUUCCCCUUGGGAUGAUGAAACAAUGAGUGUAUAUUUUAAAACUGUAAAUUAUGUUUUCACUGUUUUAUGAGAAUAUAUAUAUAUAUUAAAGACAUUUUUAAUGAUUUGAA